AUGUUUGAAGGUCUUGGAACCGAAGAAUCGAGCAUCGGAGGGGGCCUUCCGAUCGCUCAUGACGGUGUAAGCACGAACGGUGCCUUGUGCGAAUUGCCCCGAAAACGACGGCGCCUUGAACCGAUCGGACGCGUGUCCGAUGGCUGCACUGCUUCCUCAUCUCUAUCCAUGGCACACAAACUCCUUUCGUCGACGAACAAUGUCUUCCUCACCGAAGGGUUGCUGAAAAUUUACCACGAUACAUUCGAAAAUGCGUUAUCCUGCUGGUUGAUCGAGAAAACAUGCCCAUACAGCAAAGAAUCCGACCCUUCCGAUAUGCAUCAAUCUGGGCCGAAUUGCACGUGGAAUCGAAUAUACCAUCGAGUCUUCCGGCUUGAUCGGUUAGCCUCUCCCGCGGUAAGAGGAAGAAAGCUUAGCUGGAGCGAAGAAAAGGCUGCAUCCAAAGCAAUCAACCUAGCCGUAUUCUCCUUUGCAACGCAAUGGGCGCAAUCGAGCAAGCGCAGCAAGGCCAUGUAUACGAAUAGAGAGGGAACAACGAAUAAUAUCUCCGAGGGCGACAUCGACUCUUCGGAGACAAAUGAGGAUUUUGACCGUGCGCUACAAAUUGCGGCCUGGCACGAAGCUCGCUCUGCCUUGCGCAAUGCCUCAGAGAUCGAAUCAUUCCGUGUAGUCCUCGCGCACAUCGUCUUUUCCUUGACGCAGAAGCCGUGCGGAGCCGGGACUGAAUCUCCUAGUCUCGGAACCCGGGGAUCACACGAAGAGGAUCUGGACCAACGCGAGGAUCUGCUGUCCAAGCUGGAAAUAGCAAUCGAUGGGGAGGGACCACCAAUCCAUCUCGAGCAAGGUCUCCGGCUUAUUCAUUCUUUGAGGUCUCGGAUGGCUAUAUCCGAAGCCGCAGAGACUGCCACGCGUCGUCUUGACGCCGCUGAUAAAGAUACGGUUGAUCUCCUUUUCUGGCUAGGCGUUAUGUUCGACACGCUUUCGUCCGCAAUGCAUAAACGGCCAUUAGUCGUGUCAGACGAGGACAGUGAUGUCUACGCGCACGGCGAAAGGCCUGACGAUGGCGUAUUAGACGGAAACUGCAGGGGCUAUUUCGAAGAUGAACCGACUAUGCCUCCUGUGGGCGCCGGAGGGCUUUGGGGCAAUUACAUCUUCGCCCGUCAGCAUACACGGCUUCAAGAUUCACCAGUGCGGUGGCCCUGCACCUACGAUCAGGCCGCUUCCGUGCUUCGCGACGCUGCGCCGGUCAAAGUGCUCUUGUUCCGGAAACUGACCCGAAUUCAAACGCUCCUAGGACGAGGCGCUCGGGCAUAUGCCAUGGAAAAAGCCAUCGCAGAAGCAAUGGAGGUGUACCGCAGGUGGGGUGCUGUCUUUGCACCUUUCAUGCAAGACUGCAUUGAUAACCAUGACGAUCUGCCUGCUCAGAUUCAGUCCUGGUACAUAUGCCUUACAGGACAUUGGCAUCUCGGAACCCUACUGUUGGCCGAUCUGCUCGAUGUGAUCGACAACUCUUCUCCACCGCUGAGUGAGCCUUCUCUCAGUGAAGAGCGCAAGACGACUAAUUUUGUGGCAACAUUUCGGAGAAAGAACUGCUGCGCACUUUCUGACCUUGCGAGAUGUGCGUGUCCUCGAGAGGAUACAUCCUUUUCUAAAUCACAUGAGUUCCAUUUUGCUGUAAACCAGGGGGCACUACUUACAGAACCCUGGACUGCGGUGUUGAUUCGUGCUUUCGCAAAAGCAGGCGCCAUCCUGUUGGAAACAGCAUCGAAAGGUUGUAAUUCGCCCGACGCAGAGGCUUUCCGUCGAGCAGAGGAUUGUUCCGAGGCCCUCUUCUACCUUGGAAGAAAAAGCGAUCAGGCUCUAGCAGCAGCGCGAAUUCUAGGUGAUGCCUUGCAGCAAAGGCCAAGGGGGGUUGAGAAAAACGCUCGCAAUUGCAAUAAUCUCCUGGAGACCGAGCUUUGGAGCGAAUUCGAUGACUUGAAUGGGGUGCACGGUUGGAUUACGGUGUAA